AUGUAUAACCAUAUUGUUGCCUUUGAAAAAAAGCUACAGUUGUGGGAACAUCAACUUCGAAAUAAAAUUUAUGCGCAUUUUCCAUCAUUUCAAGCAAGGAAAUCACAGGAUUCAGAAGUAUUUGUGAAUAUAAUCCAGGAUUUGAGAAAUGAAUUUGCAUCACGUUUUGCUGACUUUAGUCUGCGUGCAAAUCAGUUUAAAUUGUUUGUUACGCCAUUUGAUGCGGAGAUGGAGACAGUAUCAAAAUAUUUUCAAAUAGAAUUGACUGAUAUGCAGUGUGACGACAUAUUGAGAUCAAAAUUUCAUUCUAAAGAUGUUUCAUUGAUUGACUUCUAUGCAAAAUAUAUUUUUCCAAGUGGGAAGUAUACCAACUUAGUGAAUCGUGCAAAAAAGAUUGCAUCUUUGUUUGGAAGCACUUAUCAGUGUGAGCAAAUAUUUUCCAAAUUGAAGCAAACUAAGAACAAUUUGAGAACAAGAUUAACUGAUAAUCAUCUUGAUAAUAUCUUUCUCUUGGCAUCAACAAGUUUGAAGCCUAAUAUUGAAAAGCUUUCAAGGAACAAAAAACACUAA